CGCGUUCUCCUCCCGGGGCCGCCCGCCCGCAGCCCGCCCGGCCCGGUGGGCGCGGGGCCGCCUCUACCGGCUGACGGCGGCGGUGACUCGGCGACCUUGGACCUAGAUAGAGCCCUAGCCGAGACCCAGUGGCCCGAGCAGCGGCGCGGACUUUACCCGGAGUGAGGGGCGGAGCGGAUUGCGCGUCCACACGCGGACUGUCAAGAUGUUAACCUUUGCCGCCAGGACCGUGAGCUGUACCCUGUCCCACAGACCGCUUCUGGGUCAUCCCUUGGGACCACCAGACUGGCCUGAUCACUUAACUGCAAGGAAAACCGAGGAGAGGAAGGAUUGGCCAGACCUCCGCAUCUACUAAUUCAGAGUGAAGCCCUUGGGCUUCCUCAAGCCCUCCACCUUGAUGAACGUUGCCAGUCGCUUCAAGGCCCACCAGGAUGCACUGCCCAGGCUUCCAGUGCCCCCGCUCCAGCAGUCUCUGGAUCAUUACCUCAGGGCACUGCAGCCCAUCGUGAGCGAGGAGGAGUGGGCCCACACCAAGCAGCUGGUGGAAGAGUUUCAGAGCUCGGGAGGCGUGGGGGAACGCCUCCAGAAGGGGCUGGAGCGCAGGGCCAAGAAGAUGGAAAACUGGCUGUCUGACUGGUGGCUCAAGACUGCCUACCUCCAGUUCCGCCAGCCUGUGGUCAUCUGCUCCAGCCCGGGCGUGAUGCUGCCCAAGCAAGACUUCAUAGAUCUGCAGGGCCAGCUUCGGUUUGCUGCCAAACUCAUCGAAGGUGUGCUGGAUUUCAAGGCCAUGAUUGACAACGAGACCCUGCCGGUGGAGUACCUGGGGGGAAAGCCUCUGUGCAUGAAUCAGUACUACCAGAUCCUGUCCUCCUGUCGCGUGCCGGGCCCCAAGCAGGACUCCAUCUUCAACUUCAUCAAGAGCAAGAAGCGGUCCUCGCACAUCACCGUGGUGCAUAACUGCCAGUUCUUCGAGUUGGACGUGUACCACAGCGACGGGACGCCCCUCACCUCCGAUCAGAUCUUCGUGCAGCUGGAGAAGAUCUGGAACUCAUCGCUGCAGACCAACAAGGAGCCCGUGGGCAUCCUCACCUCCAACCACCGCAACACCUGGGCCAAGGCCUACAACAACCUCAUCAAAGACAAGGUGAACCGCGAGUCGGUGUACUCCAUCCAGAAGAGCAUCUUCACCGUGUGCCUGGACAAGCCGGUGCCCCGGGUCUCGGAGGAUGUCUACCGCAACCACGUGGCCGGCCAGAUGCUGCACGGGGGCGGCAGCAAGCUCAACAGCGGCAACCGCUGGUUUGACAAGACGCUGCAGUUCAUUGUGGCGGAAGACGGCUCCUGUGGGCUUGUGUACGAGCAUGCGGCCGCAGAGGGCCCCCCGAUCGUCACCCUGCUGGACCACGUCAUCGAGUACACGAAGAAGCCGGAGCUCGUGCGGGCCCCCAUGGUGCCCCUGCCCAUGCCCAAAAAGCUGCGCUUCAAUAUCACCCCCGAGGUGAAGAACGACAUUGAGAAGGCCAAGCAGAACCUGGGCAUCAUGAUCCAGGACCUGGACAUCACCAUGAUGGUGUUCCACCACUUCGGGAAGGACUUCCCCAAGGCGCAGAAGAUGAGCCCCGACGCCUUCAUCCAGAUGGCCCUCCAGCUGGCCUACUACAGGAUCUACGGGCAGGCGUGCGCCACGUACGAGAGCGCCUCCCUGCGCAUGUUCCACCUGGGCCGCACCGACACCAUCCGCUCCGCCUCCACGGACUCGCUGGCCUUCGUCAGGGCCAUGGAUGACGGCGGCGUGGCAGAGCAGCAGAAAGUGGAGCUACUGCGGAAGGCUGUGCAGGCCCACCGAGCGUACAGCGACCUAGCCAUUCGCGGGGAGGCCUUCGACCGGCACCUGCUGGGCCUGAAGCUGCAGGCCAUCGAGGACCUGGUGAGCAUGCCAGAUAUCUUCAUGGACACGUCCUACGCCAUCGCCAUGCACUUCAACCUCUCCACCAGCCAGGUUCCCGCCAAGACAGACUGUGUCAUGUUCUUUGGGCCUGUGGUCCCAGAUGGCUACGGCGUCUGCUACAACCCCAUGGAGACGCACAUCAACUUCUCCGUGUCGGCCUACAACAGCUGCGCCGAGACCAACGCUGCGCGCAUGGCGCACUACCUGGAGCAGGCGCUCCUGGACAUGCGGGUGCUGCUGCAGAGCCACCCUCGGGCCAAGCUCUGAGCGGGGCCGCGCCUGCCAGCGCCACAGCCAAGCCCGCCUGGGCCGGGGCCGCUGCCGGGGCUCCGUGCCUCUGCUCCGGCGUCCCCGGGCCCUGAGCCAGAGACAGCGAGCGUCGGGAGCCCCCCCCAGCCGGGGCGGAGCUGGGAGCCUGAGCCCCCCGGCAUGCCGUCCACGGAGGCCUCCGCCGCGGGAGGGGCCAGGCCACGCACGAGCCACAGCCACGGAGCGGAAGAACUUCCUUUCCUCCCUCGCUCAGCCCUGGCUCCCGCAUCCUGGAGAUGGGGGACCGGCUCCGGGCUGAGGGCGUGGGGGCAGGGCCUCGUGGUGGAGGGGACCCCCAGGCCUUGCCUGGCCCUCCCACCUCGAGGCAUCAUGUGACUCCUCGGCCUCAGCCCCGCUGCUGCCACCUCAGCUUGACGCCUGCACCACAGUCAUGGCUGCCUAAUGUGACAUGCCGGCGAGUGGAUAAAUAAAAGGAAAUGGGCUAAG